AUAAAAUGGUUGAAACGUACUCACCUACGGGAAAAGAAUUUUAGCAUUUUAUUUAGGUUCUAUUUUUUCAAUUUUUUUGCCUGAAAAUGAGUGCUGCUCUUGCCCGAUUUCUUAGUAGAGUAGAGACUAUAGUCCCUUCUCGCAUGCUUCCCUUUUGGAGAGCUCAAGCGGGUCCACAAACGAUAUUUUUUUGGGCUCCAGCCUUCAAGUGGGGUCUUGUCAUUGCUGGUAUAGCAGAUCUUGCAAGACCAGCUGAAAAACUUAGUGUUUCACAGUCUACAGCUCUUGCGGCAACAGGUUUAAUUUGGUCAAGAUAUUCAAUGGUGAUCAUCCCAAAAAACUGGCUAUUAUUCAGCGUUAACAUUGGAUUAGGAAUCACAGGAAUCAACCAGCUUGCCCGAAUUGCAUAUCAUAGACACACAUUAUCAAAAGCUGCAGAAGGAAACAUGCUAACAGAAGAAUCUGACAAAACUACAGAACAAGCAACAGGAGACAAACCACAAGUUGAAGUAAAAACUUCAUAAAUGAAGAAUUUCAAAUCAAUCAAAAUACCUAAAUUCAACUAGAACUUCUAUUAAAUGGGUACCUUUUAAGCAGUCAACCUCUAAACCCUCAGGGAAGUAUCAAGUGGACACUAAAAAAAGAGGUUAGCUGCUUAAAAAGUGGCUGCUACAGUACUUCGAUCAGGCAAACAUUGUCUUUUAAAUUUUUUAAGUUUCUUAAAGUUUAAUGAUAUUUAAAUAGUGAUAAUGUCAAUAUUUAAAAGCAUCUCACUCACUCUAAGCUGCCGACCACAUAAAUCCAAAGGUUAAACUAGAAGAUUUUGAAAGCUCUUAAAGUGUGUGUUGGAAAUGUACUACUUCGACAAUGUGAUGGCCAUCUUGAAUCGUAAUGCAUUAUGGGUAAUCCAGGGGGCAAAUAAAGCUUUGUUACAGUAAUGACGUUGAUUGACAUUAACAGCUCACCACAAGAGAAUACAACAAAAGACGAAUUAAGUUGGCACAUCAAUUACCUUUACACAAUAAGAAAGACAAACACACGAAACCCUAUAUAUUUUCCGUCAUCUUUGCUUUGUUUUGCACCCUGACAAGAUGGCCACUUUAUCGUCGAAGUAGUCCAUUGGGGUGGUUUACAAAAUUGAUCAUUAUCCAGAAGGGGAUGAACAAAGAAUCAUGUGGAAGUUGAGAAAAAGAAAAUAGAAAUACUCAUCAGAGGAAAAGGAUGCAGAAAUAAAAUGCAGUGGUCCAAGUUACAUGCCCUGUGGCACUCCCUUGCCUCAAACUUGCACAAAACAUAUGCAUAAGUGUUUUAUAUUUAAGUUAUUAUUCAAGUUUUAGAUUAAAUAGCAAACAACCACAAGAUAAGUUUUUACUUGAAAGCUAAAGCUUUUUAUCUAGUAUUUUUUAAGUUAAGCUUAAUUAAAGGAUAUUCUUGUACAGCCAGGACAGACUUGGCUCAGUCUCAAGCCCUCAGGGUUUCAUGCCUGUGAUACUCUCCCCAUGAGGGUACACCAAACCCCGAAAGCUGGAGACUGAGUGGAUUUGACUGAUACUGAUAUUACUCAAGGUUGUAACGAGAUGUUAAUAAUCUUAGAUAGGGAAUAUAUACUUUUAGAUUCGUUUUGUAGUAACAUAUAAUUAACUAUGUAUUAGUUGAAGGUUCAAAAAUUUAUUAGUCUUGUAGAUAUACUUUGAAGCUAUUUUGUGUUUCCAUAUUAAAUAAAGUUGUCUUCUAUUUCUUCCA